AAUUGAAAUUUGACGUGACGUGCGUCGAUAGUGACGUACGUGUGGUGAGCGGUGAGCAAACAAUUUUUUCUCACGCGAAGAGCUGCAUGUUGUCCGAUUGCUAAUCUAAUUCCAAAGAAAAUGCACUGAUACAUUUACAUACGUUGGCCUUUUAAUUAAAUUACUUACUGUGCCUAUACCUUUUGAGAUAGUUUCAAGUCAUCGGAAGACUGCGGUUACCAAUAUGAGUUUAGUAGGAAAAAAGUGCGAAUCAAUAUCCUUAUUGGAAUCGAAUACAGAAGACGUAAUACCGAGUGAUAUUACUCCUGAAGAUGUUUUGAGGCUGGAUAGAAUCACUGACACAUAUCUGUGCAGCCCUGAGGCUAAUGUAUACGAUAUAGAUUUUACGCGAUUCAAGAUCCGUGAUCUAGAAAGUGGGACAGUGUUGUUCGAGAUAGCGAAACCGCCGACGGACUUCGGUGUGGACAGCGAGGGCGCUGAGGACGCUCCCGAGGAACCCUUGGACCCGAACGCGGGCAGAUUCGUGCGAUAUCAGUUCACCCCGCAAUUUUUAAAGUUGAAGACUGUUGGGGCCACUGUGGAGUUCACGGUUGGCUCGCGUCCUGUCAACCACUUUAGAAUGAUUGAGAAGCACUUCUUCAGAGACACCCUUCUGAAGACAUUUGACUUUGAGUUUGGAUUCUGCAUUCCAUUCUCCAGGAACACUUGUGAACACAUAUAUGAGUUUCCUACACUGCCACCAGAUCUAGUUGAAGAAAUGAUUGCAGCACCAUUCGAGACAUGUUCGGAUAGCUUCUACUUUGUGGACAACCAGCUGGUCAUGCAUAACAAGGCUGAUUACGCCUACAAUGGAGGUAUCAACAACUAAAGAUUAAAUUGAAGCUGCAAUGUAACAGACCAAGUUUUUAAUGGUAAAUGCCACUUGGCCAGUAACUAUGGGUGUCAUGCUCUAGCACAGGGGUUGGCAUACAGUGGCUAAAAAGCUUAAGAUGGCUUUGUUGGGUUCCGUACCAAAAAAAUAAAGAUAAACCCUUAUGGUGCGACUCUGUCUCUUUGUAACAUGGCUAAAUAUCUUGGAAACUAGUUAUCGAGAAUCGUUAUAAAUUAGACAAAGCCAGACACAUUGAAAGUGUAUUUUUUAUUUAUUUUAAGGUGCAAUGACUGUUCUUCUGGUGCCCCAAAAGUUAGCAUUUAACUUUAUUAUUCUUUAAUGUCUCCAAGAUUCCCAAAAUGGCCCUAAAGAUAUAGUAAGACACCCAUAGUUUCUUACGUUUAAGUGUGCCGUAAUACAUCACAAUUAUUGCAAAAACAUUUAAAUUUUCGUGUUUUCACAAUCUUUUAAUGAUUGGCACUAAACUUUUUAAAACAUUGGAUUUUGUCCAAGACAUAAUUUGCAAUUAAUAUUUUGAUAUUCCAGUAUAGAAUACAAGGAAUGUUUUUCUCACAUACACUAUGUGUAACAAAUGAUCUCAAAAUUUGUAUUUAUUUGAAUUAUAUAAUGCUCUAAGCAAUUAUUGGUUUCAUAUUUAAGAACUGAAUACAGAUAUCUUAAUCAUUUCACUAUUAAUGUGUUCAAUAUAAUGGUAUUAAAAAUGGGUAUACAAAGUUGAAAUGUAUGAAAAUAUUAUUUCAUGUACCAUAGAGAAAUAAGAAGUAAUAGAGUGCUCACUCCAUACAUCAGUUUUGGUUAUAACCAGAGUAACAGGAACUCUAUUUUCAACUCCUACACUUAUCUGGUUAUAAUAUUAGCUGAAAAUCGUUGAGCAUUAGACUUUUUGUUUGCCGCGAUAUCUAUUGUCGAGUAGCAGUACUGAGAGUUCCGCUACUUGAUGCUAGAUGUCGACUGUGAAUAUAAUAAUCAUUUUGGUACCAAAACUGAUGUAUGGAGUGAGCACUCUAUUACUUCUUAUUUCUCUAUGCUUGUACUGAUAAAUCAUGGACAUGAGAAAUAGAUCAUUAAUAGAAACUGAACAUAUACAUCGUUUUUACUAUUCCAAACUGUUAGAAGUGUUUUGAAAUUUUACUUUAUAUUACAUUUGCGCCUAGCAUUUGUAAUGGACUUUUAAUAAGUUAUCACUAGUGCACCCAAAGUUUGAUGUUCACUGAAUUUUUGUAUUUUAUUUAUAUUAGAGUGACUCUAAUCUAGCUCUUAUAAUAUUACUAGUGUCGUUAUUAUAAAAGGCGUGAUAUGUAUUGAAAAGGAUUAGAAUUUAUGUACAUAAUUCACUGGAAAGUGUGGCUAGGGUACAGUUGCAGUGGGAUUAUUCUAUUUCUCUCAAUGUAGCUUUGUUAUUUUUAUUUUAUUUAUUAUUGCGGAAGAAAUACCAAAAAAAUACAAGAAAUAUAGAAUACACACAAGCCAUUUCUUCAACAGUUUCUACUUAUAGAAUAAUAAAAUUAUUUGUUGCUCAAAUCAGACUUAUACAAUUUGGUUCAGCUUCGUAAAGUAGGUUUAAGUUAUUAAUAUAUGUAUUAUUUUAUCAUGUAAUAAUCCUUCAUGAUUCACAUGUCCUACCACGUUUUAUAAUAAUCAUCUAUGAUUUUUUCAGAUUUUAGAAAUAGUUCAAAUAUAUAAAUUUGGCGCAGAAUAGAAAAUUGUGACAUUAAUUUUUGAUUUAAGGUGGUUGUAUGGUUAAACCUCAACUAAUCUUAAAGUCUAGAGAAAAAGAAUAUUACCACUACUAUUAGAUGUUAAAAUGUGUGCUUAACCAGUUAUAUCUAGUCAUUAUUGUAAGUCUACCAGAUUGAAUUUGAAUAUAGGUACAGAAAAUUGCAAUGAGAUGAGAGGGAACAGAAGGAUAAACAAUAUGUUAACUACAGGGACUGAGAAUUCUAAAAGGGUAUUUACAUAUAAAAAAGAUUGUAUAUGUAUGGCAUCACUUGUUAUCAAGUGAAUAUAAAACGAAAAAGAUGUAUGUACAGGGGUGACCCCCCGCAUAGAUCUGAUUGUAUGCAGUGGAGGUCACCUCUCUCUGCAGCUGACUGUACUUAAAAGAUAACUGUUAUGAAUAAGUCAUAUGGUAAUUACAACGUAAAUGCUCAUUUCUAAUGGUGUUAUGAAUUAAAAUUUUGUAAAUUACCAUUCAUGCCAGUUCUCAUUCAGUGCUAGUUCUUUCUUGUAACACAAUCUGAGAAAUUAAAGCCUUGAAAGUUUGAAUGUAUACUUACAUCACAUAAUCGUUGAAAAAUCAACAUAAUUAUCUGGUUACAGAGUGACCCUCGUUUUGUUAUUUUUUCUUCUAAAUUAUAAUACGCGAUAAAAAUCAAUGCAAUUUAAGUGUUUCGAUAAUAAUUAAAAUUAAAAAGGGAUUAAAUGAAAAACACAAAAAUAUUGUCUCCUUUUAUGCCGUCCAACAUUGUUUACAAGCAUCCUUGCUGAAUAAUAAAUGUAAAACAGUAAAAUGUGUUCAUUUCAUGUUUUGUAAUUUAAAUAUUUAAUGUUGCUCAUGAGUCUACUAGCCUUAACAUGUGGCGGCCAGUAAUAUGGUGUUUCCCUUGUCACUGACAACGUCGUGCCACAAGAUUGUAACAGAUGGCGCUAGCACGUUCUACAUCGCGUCUACGGAGUUCCGAUUGUCAAUUACUAUAAUAUAUAACUCGUAACCAACUUUCAGUGGACUUCGGUCCCCAGGUACAACACCCGCCUGGAGAGAGUACUCUAUAUUGGGCCUCUCUACCUUCAUACGUUCUAUUUAGGUGCUUGCAAAAUAAUUAUCAGAGAAAUAAAUCAAUCAGCCGUUCUUUCUUCAUCUCAAUAAAGUAACCAAGCAGACUUUGAUUGUAUUCGGAUAUCCAACGAAUCGCCAGGUCCUUGUUAAUAAUUAUAACAAAACCACAAAAGUAAAUUGAUGCUAUAUUUUCUUCAAUUAGGUAGAAGCAACGAUUAUCUGCCUGGGUGAGAAAUUGAGAACGCAACGAGGAAAACAUUUGAGAUAUGAGAGAUAUUUUCAAAAGUGAUAGUUUAAGAUUGUAUAAAACGUAUCUUGAAAUAUGAAAUAAAUCCUCAAAACUGCGCAAAAUUAAAUCCUAAUUUAUGAGAAUAACCCAUGUAUAACAAAUAUGGAAAUGCCAGUUACCAGUUUGUUUAAUUAAAAUUGAUUACAUUGUGUGAUUUUAUAUUAUAAAUAAUAAGUAAGUGUAUUAGGUAAUUCAUUAGAAACUUUAUUUUGGUGUCGUCUAAUCGGCAGCCAUCGCUUGAAACACUCGCUCCGCUCAAGAUAAUUUUCUUGCCCGGGUCCAACAAUUAUUUUUUUCCUUUGUGAAAAUAGUACAGAUUUAUUGUAACCAAAUUGGGUCACGAUCUCUCCAGAAAAGCUUUACUAUUUAGAAAUGCAUUCAUUCGUUGAAACUUUUAGUUCCAUAUAAUUAUAUAAUAUUAAAUGUGUUUGUAUUUGUACCACGUCACUGGCAUCACCUCACUAGUUUUGUCAAAAAUAAAACGUUUGAAAACA